UUUAUUUAACAUUUCGGUGGCCAACUAUGAGACCCAAUACACCGACAAAGAGAUCGCCGAACUGAUCCGCACCGUCUGUCCCAUGUGUUUGGAUCGCGUGGAGAAUUGUCGCAAUGCGGCCAUCGAUUGCUUGUGCCACUUGUCGUCACUAUCGGACAAACUAUGCGAUCUGAUGGUCACCGCCGAUGUCAUGACACCGAUUGUCGCCGCGUUUAACCAGUACUUUGUGGCCGCUAAUUGGCUGACACCCGCCGGUAAACACCAGCCGUCGCCACUCGUGCCGCAAAUCUAUAUCAAUUUGUGUCGACUAUUGACUAACUUAUGCGGCACAUCAGAUAAGGCUCUAAAUGUGUUCAACACAUCAAAUGUCACUCAAAUACUGGUCAAUGGCCUGAAUGUCGGCGACACUAACAUCGAGGUUGCGAUCGCUUCCGCCCAAUGUCUGUCAGUUGUCGGCGAAGAGAAUCAAAUACCGGCUCUUUUAGUGCCCGAAAAUUUAGAUGUUAUCAAAAGUUUGUUAAUAAAAUUGCCCGAAAACUCGUCGCAAAUGCAUUUGUCUCUCUUAACGGCGUUUAUCGGCCACAAUAUGGGCAUCGGUUCCGAUAGCAAAGCUCUUGAGUUCACAUUCGCUCUCAUAGACAACGCGUUGAGCGCUCAAUGUUUGCCACAAAUCGUGGAUUUUGCUCAAAACAUACAACAGGGACUGGUGGCCAAAAUUGGUGAACAUUUGUGUCCACUCGACAGCCAAUUGAAAGACAAGCUAUUACUGCACGGCUUUGGCGCUGAGAUAGUGAACUGUAUCGAAAGCAUACAACUGUGUUCACUAACGUGUGUACACAAUCUGGUCGCCUGUAUAUCACCGCAAACGCUAUCCAUCGGAGACCAGCUCUGGAAAAACAUAUAUCAUAUGGUAUUUGACGGGUCGACCGGCGGUCAGCCACUGGUCGAAGAGGCGACCAAUACUAUACGCGCGCUAAUUGCCAGACACCCGACCCUUACACUCACUGGCGACGAAUUGGACAGACUGUGCGCCCACUGCCAGACCGUAGCCGCGGCGGCGCCCGGCGUCGGGUCCAUAACCGUCAAGAUUAACGUCAUAAAUGUGCUGUCAGUUUGCGGCCAACGAUCGCCGGACCCGGCGUUUGUUGAACGCGUGGCCGCACUGUUGCUGACGGGCGUAGAGUCGGAGCGCGACCUGACUGUUAGGGCGGAACUGUUUGACGCACUCAUCGACGUCUUCAGCGAAGACCAGAAGACGGACUCAAUUGCCGUUAAAUUGGAGUUAAUUAAACGCAUGAAAGCGGCGGCCGUUUUGUUCAGGAAAGAGGCAAACAAAGCGCCGGAAUGCAAGUCCUCUGCCAUCAUAUCGACAGUGAAAUUAAAUUUAAUGCCAUUUAUUAAAUAUAAACACAAAAUGUUAAAUAAAAAAUAGAUUUACGAUUGAAUUUACAGUUAAUGCUUAUGUGGGAAGUGAGUGGGGAGAGUGAGUGAGAAAGAGAGAGAGAGAGAGAGAG